CAACACUACCUCGCCCUCAAACCGAACCGUUACCUGUAUCUACGCCUGGAGGUCGACUGAUUCCAACACGAGGGGCGCAUUUGAGCACCGAUCAGUAGUGUGAUGGUUCAUCAGAACACAGUCUUGAACGUCGUGAGCAUUAUAGAGAACGUGAGUAUCAGUACGACAUCAGAACAUCACGAACGCUACCGCGAUCAUUUAAACAAAGGAAUCACAGAUCGGUUGCACUACUGAUAAAAAAUGAGGAACCAGACUUCUCAGUGCCAACUUUGGAUCGAAAGAUGGAAGGAGAGCCAACCUCGCCAUUGAACCCUGCCGAGACCGGAGCUCUCCCUUUUCCAAAACCUAGACCAGAGCAUCCACUGCGUUUAGCCUGUUUGCCCGUAUCGGAGCGUUAUGCACCUCAGCCCGAGGCUCCGUUUCAAAUGGAGAAGCCAACGUCGCCACGUGUGAAUCGGUACGCUAACCCUUUUGGCCUCGACGCUGAUGAGCUCGCCUCCAGAGGGCUGCAUCCACCACGGCUCUUUCUGUCUUUGCAACAAGCUAAACGUCGUCGAGCGCUCCAAGAACCUUUGACACCAGAAAACAUUGAUAAGGUCGUAGAACGCAGUUGGCGAGAGGACCUGGGAGAGUUACAAUAUCGCCAAGAUUGUAUGGAAGAGGAUACGGUACCUACAGUCUCACGGAAGCACAAAAAAUCCAUGAGAGAGCUCGAGUCGCGUACCUCCAAAUGCUUCAGUGAAGCAACUCGCCCAACUAUGGGGAAGAGGGAUGUUAGAACUUCUAGAGAUAUUGCAGGAAGUUUCCAGACCUUCCCUGGUGCCAGGCCUCACCUGCCAGUGAACCUCGACUGGAUCGGAAGUAAAGGUACUUGCGAGAAAGUCGAAAGACUUAAGAUUUCCUCCCGCACUGAGCGUAGCAGACUCUCUGGGUCACUUGAGGGAAACGACGAGACCUUCUCCCGUAUCGUACAGGUCGAGCACGACAGUUUAUUUACGCGUAACACGCCACUUGAUCCAGCGCAUUUGAUUGAGAAGAUUGAGGGCACUCAUAUCACCGAAGGGUUGCAUGUCCAAAGUACUCGGUUACAAAGAGUCAGACGACCGUACGUCAAGAAAACAAAUUCAAACUCUGGAUCACACCCUGUGAGCAGGGUGUUGGGAGAUCUCUGGAGGGUAUGGUAUGAGAGACGAGAAUAUGAGGCAAGUGACCCAGGAGAGUCGACGAUGACCACCCGUGCUUCACAGUACUAA